AUGCUUAGCUACAGCCGAAACUGCACAAACGAAGCCGACUUUGCCAUCAUGAACGGAGGUGGUUGCCGGGCCGACCUCCCCGUCGGCGACAUAACCCGCUACGAUCUCUACACGUCGUUCCCGUUCAAGAACAUUGUUGUCGAUGUCAAGCUGACGGGGUCCGAGGUAUGGCACCUGAUCAAUGGCUUCACGACCGGCAUUAACCAUUGGUCCGGCGAGCCCAUCGGCACAACGCCCCAGCUCUCGCGCAACAUCAAAGUCAUGUAUGAGACAGUGCGCAAGGGCAACGAUGAGUUUCGUGAGCUGAGAAGCGUCGAGAUUGGAGGAGAGCCUCUGGAUUUCGAGGCCAAUUAUACCAUCGCCACAACAGAUUUCAUUGGCGGAACCAGCCAGGGAGACAAUUAUUUGCCGCCAAGGAAGAACCCUCAGGACCGGGAGCUCCCCAAGAACAUCACUGAAGUCUUGGAAGACUACAUCCGUGGCCUGAGUCCCGUCAAGAUCAACCUUGAGCGUCGAAUGGCGGAUAUCCAUGGGUCUUCAAAGCCGAGCCAUGCCCAUCAGCAUGGGGUUUCUAUCUUCCUGAGCUUGCUCAUGACUGGCUUUGCGAUGCUGGUAAUGCUCUGUCAAUAA